AUGGCAAAACAAUGCUUCGUUGCGGUAAAUGGCAGCCGAGCAGCCAAAGGGUUUGUCCAAAUGAUUGCGGGACCCGAGGGAAAGGAGGUCCUUGAAGACGUAGAAAGAAAGGCCGAGGAAAAAUCGGUCGAGGAUUUGGUGGAAGUGCGCAUCGACGAGAACGACCCAACUAAGUUCUUCCUCUUGGGAUCAUCUUUGUCUAGCGCCGAGUGGUUAGAUUAUGUCAACUUCUUGGUCUGCAAUUUGGAGGCUUUUGCAUGGACGCCUUACGACAUGCCUAGCGUCGACCCCAGCUUUAUUUGCCACCAAUUGAAUGUCUUCCCUAAUGCACGGCCGGUCAUUCAGAGGGCUCGCCGCUCGGCUCUGCACCAUGCUGAGGUAGUGGCAGAGGAGGUCAAAAAUUUGUUGAAAGCAGGAGCGAUAGAAGAAGUGCAAUACCCUCGAUGGAUAUCCAACACGGUGGUGGUCCCGAAAAAGAAUGGCAAACGGCGAGCCUGCAUUGACUACAAGACGGUCAACCUUCGGACUGAAGAACGCCAAGGCAACUUUUCAGAGGAUGGUGACAAAGAUCUUCGCUCCUCUUUUAGGGCCUACAUCGAUGAUAUAGUGGUAAAGAGUAAGGAGAAGUCUCAACACCUCACCGACCUAACAGAAAUAUUUGCCAUACUUAAGCACCACAAACUUCGUUUAAAUGCCUCCAAACUUAAAAAUAUACCUUUCCUCAGCCCCUUAGUCACACCUCGGCCGGGCGAAGAGUUGUAUCUCUACUUGGCAGUCUCUCAACAUGCUGUGAGCGCCGUUCUAGUCCGUGCUGAAGGCAUUCAGCACUUGCCCAUCUUCUAUGUAAGCAAGACUAUGCUCCCGGCCGAGACGAGAUAUCUUCCGUUGGAAAAAUUAGCGCUGGCCCUGAUGAUGGCAUCAAGAAAGCUGGUGCACUAUUUUCAUACCCACACAAUAGUUGUGUUAACCGAGUUUCCACUUAAGGUGCUUUUUGAAAAGACAGACUUCACCGGAAGAAUUUUGAAAUGGGCCGUGGAAUUGGGGCAGUACGAUAUCAAGUUCCGCCCGCGCACCGCAAUCAAGGCUCAAGCUCUUGCAGACUUUGUGGCGGAAUUUGCCCCUGGAACGCAUCCAGUUUGCCUGGCUGAUUUGGCUGGUGCGAAUUUAACGCAGCCCAUGGUUCUGGCAAUAGAGACAAGUGCUGGCUCACAAGUGGGAGAAGGGCGAAGAGCGACCGAACUAGAGGAGCCGGGUGACUUCUUGGAAGACGGACUCAACCAAGGCAAGGAAAGAGACCAGAAUGAACCGAUCAGAGACUUGGAAUUGAGAAGCUCCCAGAACCCCUCUGAUUGCUGGAAGCUAUUUAUUGGUGAGAUAUGGAAACUCUUCGUCGAUGGGGCAUCCAACAGACAUGGGGUUGGGCUGGGUAUUGUACUGACUUCACCGGAUGGGCUGAUUAUCGAGCAGGCAAUUACGCUCGGCUUCCCAGCAUCCAACAACGAAGCGGAGUAUGAAGCCCUCCUUGCCGGACUAAGAAGCGCAUUAAGAAUGAAGGCGUCAGCGCUUAUGGUAUUCAGCGAUUCCAAGUUGGUGGUCAAUCAGGUCUCAGGGGAGUAUAAGGCAAGGGACGAAAGAAUGGCCAAGUAUCAGGCGCUGGUACGCGCAGAGAUCAAGAAGUUCGCCGCAAUAAAGAUGGAACAAACCAACCGCGAAGAAAACAACGUGGCUGAUGAAUUGGCCGGACUUGCUUUUACUCAGACAGCUUUUCCUAACCCCUUGAUGAUAGAAUUUUUAC